AUGGCCCCAAAUGGAGCGGUCCUGGGCGCCGUGUUCGCAGCGCUUUUCGCGCAAUUGGCCUGGUGGCCGUGGGCAUUCUGGUCGAUGGCGAUCUAUUGUGCUUUCCUGACGGUUCUGUCCAUAAUCUACAUCCCACCGACGCCAUCGAUCGCAACCGGGCUAUCGUUCAUGAGGCUCUGCUCGGAGCUCGAUAUUCUUGGUGCUUUUUGGGGAGUAACCGGGUUGGUUCUUAUCAAUUUCGCCUGGAACCAAGCCCCAGUAGUCGGUUGGCAAGCCGACUACGUGUACGUUCUUCUCAUCAUCGGUAUUCUAUUUCUUGUUGUCUUUGGAGUGUACGAGAUUCGCUUCGCCGACAAACCCCUUGUACCUUUUGACGCACUCAAUCUCGAUGUGUCCUUUAUUCUCGCGUGUGUUGCAUGUGGUUGGGCUAGUUUUGGCAUCUGGGUGUAUUACUUUUGGCUGCUUCUGAAGAACCUACGGGAUCAAACGCCCUUACAGGCAGCCGCGGAAUUCGUACCGCCCGCUGUGACCGGAUUCGCAGCCUCGUUCACGGCGGGUAUUUUGAUGAAUAAAGUGCAGCCAGGCUGGAUCAUGCUGCUGGCUUUAAUUUCGUUCACCCUCGGCAACAUCUUUACUGCAAUUGCCCCGGUUCAGCAGACAUACUGGGGCUUGACCUUCGUCACGCUGUUGGUCAUGCCCUGGGGUAUGGAUAUGUCCUUUCCAGCAGCGACCGUGGUUCUCUCCAAUGCGGUCGGUCGCAGUCGCCAAGGUGUGGCGGCAUCGUUGGUCUCCACGGUGGUCAACUACAGCAUUUCACUGGGUCUUGGAUUUGCCGGCACCGUGGAAGGCCAUGUCAACCACGGAGGGCACACCCCACACGACCUUCUGAUCGGGUACCGGGGGGCUUUGUACCUGGGAAUCGGGCUUGGUGGGCUGGGGAUAGUGAUCAGUCUGGUCUAUAUUUUCAAGAGCAGGCUUCGGACUGGAUCCACUCCUUCAGCUGGAUAG